AUGUGGUCUCACUCUCGUGGCUAUCCGUGUAACCGCCUUGGUUUCUUCGCAAAGAUACUGGCCCUACUUUGUGCGCAAGCAUCAAGCCAGUCAGCGUUCCCCGAUGGCUCUGUUGUUGGCUUGCAAUCGGGCAAUUGCGAAUUUAAAACGAUCAACUAUAUUACCCAUACGCUCCCGCAACAAUGCCUGAGAACGAGCUGGCCGGGUGACAAGGUGACUGCCGAUGGUGCAAUUCCUACCAACGACAGCACGCGAACCUUGCCCCAAGACUCAACAUAUCAAGCGACGCCCAUGCCGGAGUUCUCGGCGACCGGGCACUCUGAAACAGCCGUCACCUCGAACCCAUCCUUCAAAGAUACUGCGAUUGAUGACGAAUCUACUCCAAGACCGUUCAUGUCAUUUGAAGAUUGGAAGGAGAUGAUGCUGCGCAAGGCCGGACAAGACCCUUCAGAACUCAAGUCUCGGAAGACGGCCGACCGUGGUAUGGAGACCGACAGGGCCACGAAGGACUUGGGUCUAGAUAGCCUCGGAGACGAUGGCGAGAUUGAUAUCAACUUUGACGUCGUAUCAGAAAAGAUUAGCAACAUCGCAUCAGCACCCCAAGCGACAGCCACCGAAGUCGCAACGUCUGAACAACAGCAAGACCCAGUUUUGUACGACGAUGGCCGGACUCAAUAUUACCGAAGCAAGGAUGCAGGAAAAACUUGCAAAGAAAGGUUUUCCUAUUCCUCUUUUGAUGCAGGUGCAACAGUACUCAAGACCAAUCAAGGGGCAAAGAAUGCCAAAGCAAUCCUUCUUGAGAAUAAGGAUUCAUACAUGCUGCUAGAAUGCUCAGCUGAGAACAAGUUUGUCAUUGUUGAGCUCAGUGAUGACAUUCUGGUUGACACAGUGGUACUGGCCAACUUUGAAUUCUUCUCGAGCAUGAUACGGCACUUCCGAGUCAGCGUGAGCGACAGGUAUCCUGUCAAAGUCGAUAAAUGGAAAGAUCUUGGCACCUUUGAGGCAAAGAACUCUCGGGACAUCCAGCCUUUUCUCGUCCAAAACCCUCUGAUAUGGGCAAAAUAUGUCAGGAUUGAGUUUCUGACACACUACGGCAAUGAAUUUUAUUGCCCUGUCUCCCUCCUUCGCGUUCAUGGUACACGGAUGCUUGAGUCUUGGAAGGAUCAGGAAACGGCGGCCGAGGACGAGGAGGUGGUUGACGAACCCCUUGCCGAACUGACCGGACCCGCGAGUGGCAACGCGGUUGGUGAGAGCAUUGACGGGCAAGAAAACGCAACGAUGGCAGCUGUUGAAGAAACAGCUCAAGACAUAAGCUCCGACGUCUCGGCGGAUCCGCAGAUGCCCAGUCACAUAUUUCGUCCCUCUGAGGGCGGAAACCCAUCUUGCUUGAGACCAAUCAGUUCUGUAUAUCCUUCGAGCACAAACCCAACGGGUACCGAAUCACAGAGAAUUCAUCAGGAUUCGGAUCAUGUCGCUGGCCAGGUCAGUUGUGACAUGGAAAGGUCUACUGACCAGCAUCCCCAGAACAAAUCGACGUCUGUCUCAGCGCCGGAUCCUCGCUACGCCGAGCGGCACCCAACGCCGUCCUCAGCACCGGCUCUGUCUGCUGGCGCACAUGCAAGCAGUGCCAACACGGAGGCGAAGACGGGAGGACCAGGUGACAACACCUCUUCUACCAAGGCAUCCCCACAAGCCACCCCACCGGUUCGGAACAAGAACAACUCAACUGCGGCGGCCGCAUCUCCAACCGUCCAGGAAAGCUUCUUCAAAGCGGUCAGCAAGCGUCUCCAGUAUCUCGAAUCCAAUGUUUCGUUGUCGCUCAAGUACAUCGAGGACCAAUCUCGGUCCUUGCAGGAGACUCAGCUACUGGCCGAGAGGAAACAGUUAUCGCGAAUAGACGUUUUCCUUGACAGCCUCAAUCAUACUGUACUUUCGGAGCUCCGGGCUGUCCGCCAACAGUACGACCAGAUAUGGCAGUCCACUGUCAUUGCGCUAGAGAGUCAGCGGGAGCAAUCCCAGAGGGAGACGGUGGCUCUCAGCUCCCGGCUUAACAUCCUUGCUGACGAGGUUGUCUUUCAGAAGCGGAUGGCGAUAGUACAGGCGAUACUACUCCUUUCAUGCCUCAUACUAGUCAUAUUCUCCCGAGCAAUGACCCAGCCCAUCCUGACAGGUUCCUUUGACCUUGGAAGGUCUCCGAGCCUCAACCACCCGCUACCUGGCCCUACCACAGAGCGCCGCCUUAGUGGUGCGUACAUCCCCAGGUAUGACACAUUCGGACGGCCGCUCGACAACAGCAUUCCUGGCGAAAGUGACCCUUCCGACAGGAAUCCGGGUGUCCGCCGAUCCCUACCAACAGUGCCAGCACGGCUCCUGACGCCGACAUCGGAUUCUGGGUACAGUCGCUGCGCAGACGCGAACGUGACACCUGAGCUGCUUCCAGUGGAAGAAUUCAUGGAGAGUGAUCCCGACGGCAGCUACCGCGACUCUUCACCCGGCUCCGACGUCCGCUCCCCUGAUGAUGAAGCAUUCAUGGCAGAGAAUGCCAAACUGGAUGGGCAUGGAUUUUCAGAUGAGGGUCCAGUCGAAUCGACCCCAGCAGUCCUUGUGGACUCAUUGCUAGAGACAGAUUCUACCUCUGUGUAUCCAUCCAAACACCGCGGAAACCUUCCUUCUACGAUUCGCAAACCGCUCCCGGCUUUGCCCGAGUACCCUCUUUAA